GCAGGCUGGCCCAGCACUCCCACCUUCCCUAGAACAUGGGGAGCUGUGAACUGGGUGGGGCUAGAGUAUAGGUCCUGUGGACGAGGCUUUGUUCUAAUGACUCUCUAGGAAAACACUGGGCUGUCUGGGACCUGGGGUCAGAGAAGGCUAGGAGAGAGAUUCCUCAGGUGUUGGGAGAAGACCAGAGGCCCGUCUGUGAGAUCCUCAGAAACACAGGCCCUUGACUGUACCUCCUCUCCUCCAAAGAUGACAAGGGUGCUGUUCAUGUCCUUGGUCAGCUUCCUCAUUGCCAUAAAUCAGGCCAGCCUCAUCAAUCGCUGCGACUUGGCCAGGGUGCUGCGCAAGGAGGACUUGGAUGGGUUUGAGGGCUACUCCUUGAAUGACUGGCUAUGUCUGGCUUUUGUGGAAAGCAGAUUCAACAUAUCAAAGGUAAAUGAAAACGCAGACGGCAGCUUCGACUAUGGCAUCUUCCAGAUCAACAGCCAUUACUGGUGCAACGAUUACCGGAGUCACUCAGAAAACAUUUGCCACGCGGACUGUCAAGACAUACUGAGCCCCAAUCUUCUCUCAGCCAUCAGCUGUACAAAAAGGAUUGUGUCUGGAGCAGGGGGUAUGAAGAACUGGGUAGCAUGGAGGUUGCACUGUGCAGGCCGGCCACUCUCCUACUGGAUGACAGGAUGUUUCUCGGGAUGAGACAGGACACAGGGCUGCCGUAGAGUCAUUCCAGAGCUCCUCUUCUCACUCAGGAAUUCAUUUCUCCUUCCUCUUGCCUCUGCUUCAGGUUAUUUUCUUUCCUUCCCAUUUACCAAUAAACCUGACCAUAGCCCCCAGGAAUAAAUGGUUUUCUCGGGCUUCCUCCUUGUACCUGUCUGGGCCCAGGCCUCUGGUUCUGACUCUCAUUUGCAAACCAAGAGGACCACAAUGAAGAAGUUGUUAUAUUUGGAUAAUUAUUAAAGCAUUCCUUGUGCAAAGAA